AUGCCAAAAAGUCAAGUGACCAAUUUUCUUCUAAGCAGUUUUGGUGUCUCUCCUCUUCUGGAGUAUUCACCUAUCCUAUAUUAUCUUUCCCUUUUUGGUGAAUUUAGUGAGACCUAUUCUAAUUCCUCGCUGGCUCCCUCAUCCCCCCAUUAUGCUUGGAGUGUUGAUAAAAGACUGCCGUGUAGUCCGCCAUCCUCAUUCUCCAGUUCCUAUCAGAAUCCUCCUGCCCCGUCGGAUCUGUUUAUGCCUGGUCCAGUGAUUUCACUCGAUCACUGCCACCGUUUCUGGGCUUAUCGAGGCUUUCUUUCCCAUACUCUGCCUCAAGCCCUUGACAGCACGUAUAUUCCCGCAUCAUUAAGCAGGCUUCCAAAGUCUGGAUUAUCUGGCUGGCUGGAAAACUUACUUGACUCUACAGAUUCCCUUAUCAGUGUUCAGCAUGCGUACCAGGUAGAUCUCGGGUUCAAGCCUUUACUUCAUGGACCAUGUAUAUAA